GAGCGUACUCUUGCCUCUCGCGAUAUCUCACACGACUCUCUGCCCGGCUUUCUUAAUAGGCCACUACCGCUGUAUCUAGUCUCAAGUGUCGAAAAUGCGCAUGCGUGCUGAGCAGAAGAGUUCCCGCCUUAAUACAGAGGAGGGACAAAAUGCCAGGUGAAGAAGCAAUGCAGCUAGUCGCACUCAGUGAUAUAAGCAAUGAACAUGUGACGGAAGAUAUAAACAAAGAGAAGAGAGAAGCCACAGCGCAUCUUGACCCCAAGAAAGAAGAGACCGAGACCAUACAGGGGAAAGAAGAUGAACCGGCUGUAUCUUUAUCAGCUUGUUUGUGCCAUAAAGGUGUUCCAGAAGGUUGGGAAAGGAUAAUCAAGCAAAGGCAGGCUGGUAAAACGGCAGGAAAAUAUGACAUAUAUUUUGUCAGUCCACAGGGAAAGAAACUAAGAUCUAAACGUGCUCUAUUAGAUUACUUUAAAAAGAACAGAGAAACUGGUCUUAAAUUAGAGGAUUUUGAUUUUACUACCUCUGUUCAGAAUAAUAAGCAAAGAACCAAAGAAUCCAGCAUCGUACUUGGGAGAUUAAAAGAAGAGAGGUGUGUCACUCGGAGCCAGAUUCUGGAUAUUGGGCUGCAGAGCAAUGAAGGAGAAGAACUGCAAAAUGAAAUCGUGGCAUUUCAAACAAAUGCUGGAGAUUUAGAAAAUAUUUCCACCUCUUUACAGACUGAGACAGUUGCAGAUGACAACUCAAAGGACUGUUGUUUCAAAUCCAAAGAAAAUGUUAAAAUAAAGAAAGCUAGAAAAAGUUCAGAAAAUAGGUAUUUGGAAGACGGCCCAAACAAAAGACUGAGAGCAUCAUCACAUAAAAAACAAGGGGUUGGAAAACUUCCAAAAACAAGACGAAAGAAGGCAGCAUAUGUUCCUUGCUUGAAGGAUGAAAUACCUCUUUCCCAACCAGAACUGGAGCCACAUGUUCAACCGGUUGCAAGUCUCUUGGAACACAAGUCAAGCGCAGACCAUUUCAACUGCAAUGUGGGUCCCAGAGGGGUAGUCGCUGUAGCCCCUAAUGAAAACCUUUCCGGGCUGGAAAUGCAGAGAAACCUGAUGCUGCCAGGAAACCAAGGCGUAAAGAUUGCUCUCAGCGUGGAAGUUUCACAGACUUGUGAUGAGACGUGUUUUACUUCAAUAAAAGAGAGCCAUAUCCGAAGAAGGAAAACCAGUCCAUAUUUUUCCAGUAAACUCACCAAAAUAGCUCCAAGCCCACCUAGAAGGAAGGCUUUCAAGAAAUGGACUCCCCCUCGGUCACCUUUUAAUUUGGUCCAAGAAACACUCUUUCAUGAUCCAUGGAAGCUUCUAAUUGCAACUAUAUUUCUGAACAAGACUUCAGCAUCUUAUUUCUCACUAGGAAAGAUGGCCAUCCCUGUGUUGUGGGAAUUUUUCAAAAAAUAUCCUUCGCCCUCAGUAGCAAGAACUGCAGAUUGGAAGGGAAUGUCGGAGCUCCUUAAACCACUUGGCCUAUAUGAACUCAGGGCAAAGACUAUCAUCAGGUUUUCAGAUGAAUUUUUAGUCAAACAGUGGAAGUAUCCUAUUGAGUUGCAUGGGAUUGGAAAAUAUGGAAAUGACUCUUACAGGAUCUUCUGUGUCAAUGAGUGGAAGGAGGUACAGCCAAAGGACCAUAAACUGAAUAUAUAUCAUGCCUGGCUUCAGGAAAACUACGAGAAACUGAAACUUAAUGACUCUAAAUAGAUGCACUUUUUACUCUUUUAAUCAGCUUCUUGCUUUUUCUACCACCCCUCUCAAUUAAGAUAAAUAUAACUUAUUUUAUAAUUAUCCGGAUACUAUAUAAAAUUCUAGUGUUGGUCUGCAUAGAUAAUAUCAUUUAGAUAUUGUAAUUUACUAACACAACAUAAAUGACAGCUUGUUCAAAUCAUUCAAUCAUUUUAACAGUAUAAGUUGUGGAGCAUGUUCAAAUGCAACAUAACUGCAGAAUAUUCUUCCAGUAGCUACAGUGUAUGGCAUUUAAUAUUGUAUUUACUUUGAGUAUAUAAUGUUUGAAAUACAGUUCCAAGAGAUACUAGGCUCAUGCACUUACUUGGCAUCUUCCUUUUGCCAAUUUUGAGGGUCACUGAUACAGUUGCUUAGCCAAAAUUUGAAGGAAAGAAAUCUAUAUAAACUACUAGAAAGAAGCCUGAAUGAAUGUAGAAUGUAGAAAGUUUUCUUUCAGGAGCUACAUUCUUAAAAUCUCCCAACCAGCAAGGCCAAUUGCUAUGCUGAGCAGCUUCUGGAAGUUGAAGUUCAACAAUUGCUUUUCUAAGUUCUAUAAAGGUUAACUGUAUUGGUAUAAAUAGCAUUAAAAGUAACAGUGAUGUAUAAGACACCAUUAUUUUUAAAAUGCAGCUGUUUACUGAGCACAGGCUUCUUUUCUGCUGUUUCAAAGGAGAGUGCUAGAAAAUUAAAAGUGUGAGAGCAUGAAAUUUCAAUAGUGACUUUCAUGUCACCUGGAAAAUUUCCUCCGUAUAAUGUUAACUUGUCUUUUGACAGAUGCAAAUUAUUUGCCCAGUUUUGUAAAUAAAUGUUUGCUACAUUUAUAUCUUACUUCCCCCAUUGAACUUUUUUAGUAAAAGGGAAUGAUUCUCAAAGGUUUGUAAACAUAAUUAUGCAAAGUUUCAGCAGAAAUGUUGGAUUUACACUUGAUUAUUAAUCAUUAUAUUUAAGCUAGUCCCAUUGGUUCCAAUAAAAAUUAUCUCUGUAGUGUUCUGUUAAAAAUGAAUUCCUGCCUAGAGUUGUAUAAAUUAUUUUUUUAAAAAUAAAAUAUUUUUAUUUUA